AUGCUGGGUGGCGAGUUAUGGACAGAUGGGCUAAUUUGUGCUUUUGAAUUUAUCCGAGGCUGUAGGAAUACCUGCGGUUCAAGGUCUAAGUUAGAUAUACAGUCUUCACAACCAAAUAUUGUUACGACACUAAAGAAGACCGUAUCUAAAUGCGAAACAACUGAUUGUUUGCCCCAAUUCAGUGAAAGCAAUUUCAAAGAACCAUCUCUCAUAGAAUCAGGAGCCACUGACAGCGACAUGCUGAAUGGCGAUUUUUAUUAUCAGAAUUACCAUUUAGGCUGCUUUCACCCUCUGGAAAGAUCUCCUGGCAAUUGCUGGAUACCUAUAGGCUGGGACAGAAUUUCUGACCUCCUUCAGAAGGUUCAGGUCAAUGCUGUUUGGGACUUGCAACAUUUUGACUUCACAGAUGAGGAAGAUGACAUGACUGUUGCAGAUGUUGCAGCUCCAUAUCGGGAACACCCCACAGGACCAACUUGGUGGUGUCAUGUGGAUGCAUGUCAUCCAUUUAUCAGUACAUGGCUGAGCAAUGCUCAGUGGUUACACCCUGCAAUAAGCAUAGCCUUAAGAGAUGAAAGUAAGCUGAUCAGUGAGCGUAUGAAGCACCUCUUAUAUGAGGUUCCGGUGAGGGUUGCUGGUGGACUAUUGUUUGAGCUAUUAGGCCAGUCAGUGGGUGAUCCUGUUGUUGAAGAUGAUAUCCCUGUCGUUAUACGAUCUUGGCAAGCACAAAACUUUUUGUUGACAGCAUUGCAUACUAAAGGGUCGUCAUCAAACAUUAAUGUGUUAGGUGUCUCAGAAGUUCAGGAACUGCUUGCUGCUGGGGGUAGUAAUCUACCACGGACAAGUCAUGAAGUUAUAGCCCUUCUAGCUUGUCGCCUUGCGCGCUGGGAUGAUAGGUUGUUUCGCAAAUACAUAUUUGGGGCGGCAGAUGAAAUCGAGUUGAAGUUUAUGGACAGGAGAACUCACGAGGACAUGCAUUUGUUUGGUAUUAUUUUGAACCAUGAAAUUAGAAGUCUAUCAACCCAGGUUAUAAGAGUGAAAUGGUCUUUACAUGCAAGGGAGGAGAUCGUUUUUGAACUUCUGCAACAUGUAAGGGGGAACGCAGCAAGGAACUUGCUUGAAGGAAUAAGAAAGAGUACAAGGGCUAUGAUUCAAGAGCAAGAAGCAGUUCGUGGUCGCUUGUUCACAAUACAAGAUGUCAUGCAGAGUGCUGUUCGUGCAUGUUUACAGGAUCAGAGCCUUCAUGUGCAACAUAACCUGGGAGUUUUUGGAGGUUGUGGCCUUGUUCUUUCCAUCAUUACUGGACUGUUCGGAAUAAAUGUGGAUGGAAUACCUGGAGCCGAAGGGUCCCCAUAUGCAUUUGCUCUAUUUUCCAGUGCCCUCUUUCUUUUAGGAAUUGUGCUAAUAGCUAUUGGGCUGAUCUAUCUGGGAUUGAAAAAGCCACAAACUGAAGAGAAUGUUGAGGUGAGGAAAUUGGAGCUUCAAGACCUUGUAAGGAUGUUUCAGCAUGAAGCAGAGUCUCAUGCCCAAGUCAGAAAAACUACAAAGAGUGGUGAAAAUUUUGUACGUCAACUGAAAUAA